UAUUUCUUGUCACGUUCGUAAAUUGUUGGCAUAUUUGUAACUGCGCAUUUCAUACAAGGAAGUCUAAAUAUUCAAACAAAAAACUGGUUGGACCUUUUCUUCUUGCUGCCAGACUCUCUGCAGGUUAAAAAUUAUUAAAAAUCUGCAAGAGUAUAUAAAUGAUGGAGGAAUACAGCUUUGGGAAAAACCCCUCUUAGAUAAGAUUAUACUAAACCAGAUACUAAAACUGCAUCAUUAUGUCUAGAAUUUGCACGAGGAUUUUCCCAUUGAUACUAGUGCUUGUGAUGGUUUAUUGUAUUCAGUACAAAAUGGCAACUAAAUUACCUUUCUUCAACAAAGAAAUGUCUGAAGCUUUCUCCAGAGCUAACAAGAGAUUCAUGCUAAAUCUACUGAGACAGUUGCCAUCAGAAUCCAAUAUCUUCUACUCGCCGUUCAGCAUUUCAACAGCCCUAGCAAUGGUUCAUAUGGGGGCAAGAACAGAAACCCUGAAAGAAAUGACUCAAGCCCUUCACUUUGAGGAAAUGGACAAAGUUGUCCAUACAGCAUUUGGCUCUUAUCUUGAUUUUUUGUCAAAGGAAACUGGUGAUUGCACCCUUAAAACUGCCAAUAGAAUUUAUCAAAGCAUGAGGUUGAAACCUGAAGAAUCUUUCCUAGAAGACUGCAACAAACAUUUUAAAACUACUUUAGAGACCAUGGAUUUCUCCAAGUCUGAAGCAGCAAGCAAGAAAAUGAAUUCCUGGGUCAGCCAGCAAACUGAUAAUAAAAUCCAAGAUCUGAUUCCAGCAAGUGCGCUGAAUGAAUUUACAUUCAUGGUUCUAGUAAAUGCCAUCUACUUCAAAGGAAACUGGGACAGAAAAUUUGAAAGCGAGUUCACACAAGUAAUGGAGUUUCGGAACACCAAAGAAGAAAUUGACACAGACAUGAUGUAUCAAAGAGCCUAUUUUAAUUACUGCCACUUGCCACACUUAAUGCUUAGUGCACUUGAGCUGCCAUACAAAGGAAAAACCCUGAGCAUGCUGAUUCUACUUCCCAUAACUGUAGAUGGUAUCGAGCAUCUAGAGAAAAAUUUAACAGAAUCUGCCUUCAAAACUACAGUCAGUAACCUAAGGGAGAAGAAGGUUGCUGUGUAUCUUCCGAAAUUCAAAAUGGAGUCGACCUUUCCGUUGAAGCCAUAUUUGACAGCCUUGGGUAUGCCUUUAGCAUUUGACGCGGACAAUGCUGAUUUCACAGGCAUGAACAAAGAUGAAGUUAUUUACAUUAGUGAGGUUUUCCAUAAAGCCUUUGUUGAUGUAAACGAAGAAGGAACUGAAGCUGCCGCAGCUACGGGACCCGUUGUGGAGCCUUCAUGUAUGGAGAUGACAGCAGAGUUUCGGGCAAAUCACCCUUUUCUGUUUUUCAUUCGCGAUACGGUUAAUGACGUCAUUCUGUUCGCUGGGAGAUUUUACAAACCUUCUAGCGCCUCUUUAAAGGACGAACUUUAGCUUAGAAUGCUGUUAAUCAAAACAGUAAUAUUCAUUUGAUUGCUGAAGGACUUGGAAUUUUUGCUUAUCAUUUAAAUUAAUGUAAUAAUCUUAUCGUUUAUUUUACUUGUUGAUACUAGAAAUUCAAAUAUCUUGAAAAGAUGGUUUAAAUAUUAAAAAGUAUAACGCUGACUAAACAACA